AUGCACAAGGUUUCCACAAUGUUGCGGGUGCCGAAAAUCCAGACAAUUACCUCAGUGGCAGGACUUCGGAAUCAUAUUGCUAAGCUGCCUACCCACUUCCAAGUGGAUGUUGUUGUUGUCUCGCCCAUGACAAGGACGCUGGAGACGGCCGUGGGCCUGUUUGGGGGUGACACAGUGGAUGUUGCUGAUGGCCACAAGUUGCUUAUGCGGGCACAGUCUGAACAGGAGGGUGUGCGGACAGAGCAGAAGGCCAUAGUGGCACAAAGUUCAGUGCCAUUCAUCGCACACGAGGCCUGCCGAGAGCAAACUGGCCUUCACCCUUGCGACCACAGACGGACUGUGUCGUACUACCAGCACCAGUUUCCUUCCAUCGACUUCUCACUGGUGGAAUCCGACAGUGACACACUGUACGACCCGAUGAGUAGGGAGCCUAACUAUUCAGUGGUCGAUCGAGUGUGGACCUUCCUAAAGCCAGAGCGGCACAUUGCCGUAGUCACUCACGCCGCCUUCCUGCGCAUCUUGUCCCAAUGCUUCGAGAAAGAUCUACGCGAGAAAUACGGAACGACGGCACGAGACGAGCUUGUGCAGGAGUUUCGCAAUUGCGAACUGCGGAGCAUUCAAUUGCUGGACUGCGAGGUAAACGGAGCCAGUGAUGGGCGUUGUGCCUAUUCACACCCAGGUGGUGAGGCCCUCCUUCAGCUCACAUAG